AUGAUUGAGGGAAUGGUGAAGGAUGGUGUUAUUGAACCUUCAUCUAGUCCAUGGUGUUCACCUGUGGUGCUGGUAAAGAAGAAGGACGGCAGCAUGCGGUUUUGUGUUGACUACCGCCGCCUGAACGACGUUACGAAGAAGGACAGCUAUCCCUUGCCUAGAAUUGAUGACACGCUGGAUAUGCUCACAGGCGUAAAGUGGUUUAGUACGCUGGACCUGAAAAGUGGCUACUGGCAGGUUGAAAUUGACCCUAAGGACAAGGAGAAAACUGCAUUUUCCACAGGAAAGGGUCUGUGGCAAUUUAAAGUCAUGCCGUUUGGGUUGUGCAAUGCUCCAGCAACGUUUGAAAGGUUGAUGGAGCUUGUACUUACCGGGCUAAUUGGAGAUGCCUGUCUCGUCUAUUUGGACGACAUCAUCAUCGUAGGCCGUACGUUUGAGGAGCACCUUCAAAACCUGGAACGCGUGCUCAUGAAGAUCCAGAGUGCCAACCUCAAGUUGAGUCCAAAGAAGUGCUCACUAUUCAAACGGCAAGUUAGUUUUUUGGGGUAUGUAGUGUCGGAAGAAGGUAUCCGCACGGAUCCAGAGAAAAUUGCUGCUGUCAAGGAGUGGCCGGUCCCAAAAGACAAGACACAGGUUAGAGCAUUUUUGGGUUUGUGCUCUUAUUAUCGGCGAUUUGUGAAGAACUUUGCAGAUAUAGCCAAACCUCUGCACAAGCUAACCGAGGAGAAGCGACAAUUCUGCUGGGAUGAAAGUUGCGAUAUUGCAUUCCAGGAGCUCAAGAACCGCCUGUGCAAAACACCUAUUUUGGGGUACCCUGAUGCGGGCAAGGAAUUCAUAGUUGACACAGACGCAAGUGAUAUAGGACUUGGCGGUGUGUUGUCUCAACGGAAUGGUGAUCAAGAGAUUUUGAUAGCGUACUUCAGCAAGUCGUUGUCAAAGCCAGAAAGCCAGUCCUUGCAGCAUUUUAGCAAAUAUCUUCUAGGGCGGAAAUUCCACUUACGAACUGACCAUGCUGCACUGAAAUGGCUAUUGCAGUUCAAAAAUCCGGAAGGACAAGUUGCGAGAUGGAUAGAACUAUUGCAGGAAUACGACUUUGUGAUCGAACAUCGCAGCGGGAAAUCUCAUGGCAAUGCAGAUGCAUUGUCAAGAAGACCUUGCCCUGAAGAUUGCAAGCAUUGUACUAGGCAAGAGGGUAAGGAAGUGGUAUCUGUGAGAAUGCUCAGGACAGACCAGCUCAGCAAUGAGUGUAAGGACAGCCUACAACAUGCACAGCAGGAAGAUUCGGACAUUAAGCCGAUUCUGGAAUGGAGGAAGGCCAGUGCUCCUAAGCCCAAGUGGAGCGACGUCUCAGCAAUGAGUUCGACCACGAAAAGCUAUUGGGCCCAAUGGGACAGCUUGCUGAUUCAGGAUGGAGUCCUGUGCCGUAAAUGGGAAAAUGGUCGGGGAGACAGGUGUCAUUUGCAAAUGGUUGUCCCUAAGGCUAAAGUGCCGGAUAUUCUACGGCUGUUCCAUAGUGGUUGUUCAGGAGGCCACCUGGGAGUUAAACGAACUCUCCUGAAGAUCCGAGAACGGUUUUACUGGGUCCACUGUCGUGACGAUGUCGAGGACUGGUGCCGCAAAUGUACAAGUUGUGCGGCUGUAAAGGGACCUCAAAUUCGUAGUAGAGGCGCAUUGAAAUUGUACAAUGUUGGUGCACCAUGGGAGAGGAUAGCCAUUGACGUUGCGGGGCCGUUUCCAGAAACUGAAAGUGGUAACAAGUAUUUCAUGGUAGUGAUGGAUUACUUCACUAAGUGGCCAGAAGUCUUCGCCAUUCCAAAUCAAGAAGCUUCAACAGUUGCAGAUAAACUAGUUCAUGAAGUCUUCUGUCGUUUUGGAGUACCUUUAGAGAUUCACAGCGAUCAAGGAAGGAAUUUUGAGUCUCAAAUAUUCCAGGAAACUUGCCGAGUUAUGGGUACUCAGAAAACACGAACAACUUCUUACCACCCACAAUCUGAUGGAAUGGUAGAAAGAUUUAAUCAGACAUUGGAGAGGUACCUAGCAAAAGUUGUGGAAAAACGGCAACGAGACUGGGACAGGCACAUACAACCGUUUUUGUUGUCAUAUCGAAGCGCUGUUCACGAAAGUACAUCAGUGACACCAGCUUUCGCAAACUUUGGGAGAGAAUUGCGGCUGCCUGCAGACCUGAUCACCGGAAUACCACCUGAUGCCCCACGCAGUAUAACCGAUUAUGCAAAUGACUUGCGGAACAAAAUGAAUGACAUUUAUGAGCACGUCAGACAGACGGGCCAGCAAACGUCUGAGAAGAUGAAAACACGGUAUGACCGCAAAAUGAACAACAAGGGCUUUGAUGAAGGUUCACUAGUGUGGUUACACAAUCCAGUUCGCAGCAAAGGGAAAUCUCCUAAGCUUCAAGCCAAAUGGGACGGACCGUACCGGAUUGUGACAAGGAUCAAUGAUGUAACCUACCGGAUACAGAAAGGUGCCAGAGGUACUCCUAAGAUUGUCCAUGUGGAUCGACUGGCGCGUUAUUAUGGGGCCAAUAAUGCUCGGGACGAGCAUGUCUUAGGAGGGGGCAGUGUUACGCGCCACUAUUAA